CCUAUUGCACUCGCCGUCGGUGCAGCACAUCACUCUGCUCGUAAUCGCACUGCAUCCAAAUGUUGAUCUCCCGUAUUGAUCUACGCAUGCUACCUCCUUCUUGCCUAAGUCGCACCGGGGCUUAACUUCACAAGCACUGAUGAGCAAUCGGCAUUAACAGUUGUCACUGCAGCAUCAGAUGAGGAUAAAGUUAGUAUGAAGAGUCGCUCGGAAAGUAAACGACGGUAAAGACUUCACACUGAGUAAGAGCGAAGAAGACGAGAGCGAGGACAAGGAAGAAGAACUUCAUCGUGUAUAUGUAACAAAUUUAUGCGUGGAAUUUAGCACCGUUUAGGUCGUCGUUCCGUGCGUAAUGGAGUGCUGGAGAAUCCUAAAAGAUGUCUUCCCCUUUACACUUCUACUUCAACCUCAAGUCUUUGAUGUGGGCCAUGCAGUUGACUGGUAAAGGGUUUGUUCUUGAUUUUGGUUCAGGGCACUGGAAAUCCGCGGCAAGGAUCGCGGCUCACGGUCAUGUGAGUGCACUCCACUUGGAUGAGCUGUUUGAACAGUUGUUGCUGAGAUAUCUCAAGGGUCGACCUAUUCACCAGACACUCAUUGGUUUAUUGCAACUAUCCCUCACCCUCCAUAACUUUAAUCUUAAUGCCAUGGAUCAUAGCGUCUCUACCUAUCAUUUCACUAACCCUCAUCUUCCUAUCUUACAUUCCUGUUUACCUUGCCACUUUGACAAAUACGUUGCAUCCUGGUUUGAGAUAUGAAGAAGACAAGCCAGC